AUGGGACACCGCGCCCUCGGUCUAAAGCAGGAGAAGGAUCAUCAAUACACCCUGGAUAGCGACUACAUCAAGCGGUACCUGGGCGAGCUUAGCCCCAUGCAAGAGUCUCGGCUGCUGCAGCUCCGCAAAUGGAUCGCAGACCUGCAGAAAGGCAAGGUGCCCAGUGACACCACUUUACUCCGUUUUCUUCGCGCGCGUGACUUCAACGUAGAGAAGGCACGAGAGAUGCUCUCGCAGUCCCUGCUCUGGCGGAAGAAGCACCAGGUUGACCGCAUCCUAUCUGAGUACGAGACACCCGACGUUGUCAAGCAGUACUUCCCUGGAGGAUGGCAUCAUCAUGACAAGGACGGACGUCCGCUGUACAUUCUAAGACUGGGUCAGAUGGACGUGAAGGGACUGCUCAAGUCUAUCGGAGAAGAUGGCCUCUUGAAGCUGACACUUCACGUAUGCGAGGAAGGUCUGAAGCUUCUGGAGGAGGCUACAAACUCGAGCGAGCACGCGGUGCAGUCGUGGUGCCUGCUGGUGGACCUGGACGGGCUGAACAUGCGCCACCUGUGGCGGCCCGGCGUGCGCGCCCUACUGCGCAUCAUUCAGAUCGUGGAGGCCAACUACCCGGAGACCAUGGGCCGCGUGCUCAUCGUGCGCGCGCCCAGGGUCUUCCCCAUACUGUGGACUAUUGUCAGCACGUUUAUUGACGAGAACACCCGCAGUAAGUUCUUGUUCUAUGGCGGCAAGGACUACCUACAACCAGGCGGACUGCUCGACUACAUACCCAAGGAGCUCAUCCCUGACUUCCUGGGGGGUCCCUGCAAGAGCUUCGUGCAUGAGGGAGGGCUGGUGCCGAAGAGUUUGUACGUAAGCGGCGCCUUCACGGAGCGGGAGGGAGAUCCUCUCAGUGAGGACAGCAUCUACCGAUCUGUUAGCUUGGGGAAAGGACAGGUCCAUGAAGUAAUAGUACCGAACCGCGACCCUCAAAGCGUGCUGACUUGGGACUUCGACGUGUUGCGACAUGACAUCGCCUUUACCGUGUACCGAAGCGACCACGAGCUCUGCCACCCACCCGCUGACACUACAGCGCUGUGUGUAGGUGGGGGGGACGAGGCCAAGUCGGUGCUGGACCAGAAGGGAUGGCGCGAGGGGGAACACUUCCAUAGGGUGGAGCCUACCCUCGUCUGUCAUGAUGGGGAGAGCAUACAGGGCUCGCACGUGAUGCUGGAGGUGGGCAGCUACGUGCUGCAGUGGCGCUGCGACGUGCUGGACUGCACCUCCCGCGCCGCGCAGCUCAUGUACUUCCACGAGACGCUCACCUCGCACCACUACAAGGGUUCCAUGUCCAGCCUGCAGUCGGGUACGAGCGGGUUCUCCUGCCUCAGCGGCAAGUCAGUGAGCAGCAGCUGCCCGUCCCGGUGAUGUGAGCUUCCAUUCCCGGGCGUGGCACCCCCCGCCCCACCACUCACCUGAACUAGCUGCCAGAGUUUGAGGAACUGGCGAGAUUCACUCAAAAAGUGGCGAACUAAAAACAUUGCAGGUGAUCGUUCCCAACUAGAAACUAGACUAGUAACAUCAUACAUUAUUGAUUAUUAUUAUUAUUCUAUUUUAGUUCAAAUAAUAAUUAUGUCGUAUAAUUAUAGCUGUCGGAUUUGAUAUAAUUAUGUAGUUAUGUGAAAUUUCUUAGUCAAUAAGAUUGUCCUUAUUUGGAAAGGAAAUGAAAUACAAUGUGGUUUUAAUAUUUUAUUGUAAUUGAAUAUAUUUACUAGACAAAUGCAGAAGUUGCAGGCUUUACGUGUCCUGUUUAUUUAUUGAUGAUACUUCGUGCGCAGGAGUUGAUUGAAUUGCUCUUGUGCUUUCUGUCACGGCUUUGAUUCCCGCGUGGAACGUGGAA